UACACAGUGCUAAGCGGACAUGACAUCAUAACCAACGCGUUUGACUCUUCUUGGAUCUAAGCGCGGUCUACUGGAAUUUACUAGAAAUAUUGUUUUUUUUCUCUCUCUUGCGUGUGAGGUUUUGUGUUGAUCAGUGGUCUGAGUUUUCAUGGCUGCACCUGCCCUGCAACAGCCCAGUUAUCUUCUGGCCAAUUUAAAGGCAGACUGGACCAAUAAACCUCUUCAUCAAAGAUGUCACGAGUUGAGCAAAAUUAUAGACGAUUACCCUGCAAAGGAGCUGCAUGCAAUCUUUCCCUGGUUGGUGGAGAGUGUGUUCGGGAGCCUGGAUGGAAUCCUUAGUGGCUGGAACCUGCGGUUUCUGCAGGCUCGCUCGGCAGAAUACAACAUCGCCAUGGACUUCCUGGACCCAAGCAGUGGUGCUAUGAUGAAAUUGGUGUACAAACUACAAGCUGAGGAAUACAAGUAUGAGUUUCCAGUCAGUUAUCUGCCAGGUCCUAUAAAGUCGUCCAUUCAUGCUGGGGUUCUGCCAGACUGCCCUCUGUUUCACAAUAAAAUCCAGUUCCCCAUGUCAGGCCUUCUAUUGCUCAAUCCUUUUGAAUAUUAUAUGUUCAGCUUUGCCUCCAGUCUCAUUGCACCAAAGAACUACCCUCCAGGGCAGCAUGGGAGUUGCUCAGAUAGCACAUACUUUGUGCUUGUCAACACCUACCUCAAAUACUUUCUCCCUACAGAGGGCAAUGUGCCUCCAUCACCUUUCUCGGACACCAGGGGAACUGUGGCCUCUCCUGCUCCAAGGUCUCCCAAUGUGCCUUAUGUUGGAUAUGGUGGUCACAGCACCAGUUUGUUGAAGCGUCAUAUUACCCAUCAGCCCUCAGUCAACGCUGACCCUGCUGCUCAAGAGAUCUGGAGAUCAGAGACACUCUUGCAGGUGUUUGUGGAAAUGUGGCUCCAUCACUAUUCUCUGGAGAUGUACCAGAAGCUGCAGUCUCCUCAGGUGAAGCUGGCGUUGUUGCAGUACCGCCUCAGUAUGUCCAGCAUGCUGUGCCAACCCCCCGCCCCACCAGGCUCUGGGACCCUCCACACAUACCAAGAGCCCUUCACGCCUUCGGAGGAGCACGUCCUUGUUGUGCGUCUCCUGGUCAAGCAUCUGCACGCCUUCUCCAGCAGCCUGAAGCAGGAGUCAAUCUCCUCCUCACCCUCUGCCCACUCCCACAGCAGUCCACUGGAAGAGCUCAAGCGUGUGGUGGUACAGAGGUUUGUCCAGCAAAAGCUGUAUGUCUUCCUACAACACUGCUUUGGUCACUGGCCUUUGGACGCCUCAUUCAGAGCGGUACUAGAGACAUGGCUUAGUUACGUUCAACCCUGGAGAUACACUGGAGAAAAAAACAACAUGCAAGCAGACGGCCAGAACAGAAUUGUUCCCGACAAAUGGGCCUCAUUUGUGCAGGAGAAUCUGCUUAUGUACACUAAGCUUUUCCAGGGCUUCUUGAAUCGAGCCAUGCGCACAGACUUAGUCAAUGCCAAAAACGCCCUGAUGGUCUUUAGGGUCGCCAAAGUCUUUGUUCAACCAAACCUGUCAGAGAUGAUCCAGAAGGCUGAGCAGUUGUUCUUGGAGCCAGAGCAUGCCAUCCUGCAACGACAGAACCGUGUCUUCCUGACACCUUCACAUGGUGUCAGCUUCCUCUCUUCUCGUCAGCCAGUGAGGACAGACAGCGUCUUCAAAGUCAAAAGUCAUGUUUACAGCCUGGAAGGGCAAGACUGCCAGUACAACCUGAUGUUUGGUCCUGAUCUACGGAAGAAUGUGCUAAAGCUCAUCCAGAUUAUCGCCCAAGCCCGACAGACAGCUAAACGGAUAUCAGAUCAUUCCACUGAAAUGGCUGCAAACAACUCUUUUCUCUCAUGGUUUGCCGUUGGCUCUUCAGAUCAUAACAACACCUUUACCGGAGGAGAGAUGGACGAUAUGGGAGAGGGUGUGAAGAAAACUCAUGAGUUCCUGGACAAAGCCCUGGACUACCUGUGUCAGAUAUUCCGGUUGAAUGCAGGGCAGCUGUCUCAGCUGAUGGUCAAUGUGGCGUCUGUAGAUGAUGAAGGGGCAUCUAAACAACUGCCAGACUGCAUCCCAAGUGAAAAUGGCUUUGUUUUAACAGACCUGGGCAGGUUGCAGAUCAUCAGUGGUCUUCGCAGAUUUGAAAUUGAAUAUCAAGGAGAUCCAGAGCUUCAGCCUAUUAGGAGCUAUGAAAAUGCUUUUUUGGUUCGACUGAUGUUCCAGAUCUCAUCCUUUAUUAAUGCAAGAUUUGGAGACCACAUGGAAGCGCUGUGUUCUCGACAGGACCUCCUGGGCAGUAUAGGACGACACUACCUGAGCAGUUCCUCAAAAGUGGCGGAGCAGCGGCGGAAGAGUCCGGUGCCGCGGCAGAGGAGGGAUCGUCCUCAGCGAGCCCGUCUCAGCCUGCGGGUGCUGGCCAGCUAUCGCACCCUCCUCAUCCUCCUCCUGCUCUACAUGCUGUUUGCACUACUAUCAUUCGGUACUCUCUCCAGCACUGGACUCGUUCUCAUCGUCAGCUUUCUAUAUGAGCUCCUGUUGAUUUCUUUCAUGAAAAACUAAAGACUAAGUAAAGGAAGAUUCAUGAUGCCUUUUUUUAUAUUUAAUUUUUUUAAUGUCAAUGCUAAACUUCUAGCGACCUGUUCCCAUUAAGGUUUUUAUAUACAGUUAUUUGCACUGCAGGUGUAUUGGUACAUUUAAUGACAAAAAUUGAACGGGGAAUGUCGUAUCUAAUGCACAGUGUUUUUUUGUUUUUUUUUCCAAUGAGAGGUGGUUAAUCCAGCUUUCCAGUCAUUAAAUUCAUUUAUAAUGGUGUGUUUUUGCCAAUGUGACCGUCAGAACAAUCCAAAGUUUGCACUUAACUGACUGCAUUUCAUUAAAUGGACAUAAUGAAUGUC